AUGGCUACAGCAAGCAACAGUAGUGUCAAUGGCUACACGUGGGCUUGCGGUCUUUUUGCCGCGGUUGGUUCCCUGUUGUAUGGUAUUGAUUCCGGCAUUGUAUCAACAGUCAUCUCGCAACCUGAUUUUUUAAACUAUUUCGCACCAUUUACUCCUAGUAUCAAGGGAGCCGUGGUCAGCAUCAAUACUUUGAGCUGUGAACUCAAAUCCUUGUUAACUGAAAUACAAGGUCGCAAGAAAACCAUUGCUAUAGGUGCCGUGAUUGCCCUGAUUGCUGGCAUUUUGCAAGCCGCCUCUGUAAAAAUUGGCAUGUUGAUUGCCGGCCGAAUCGUUGGCGGAUUUGCAGUUGGCAUCAUGAGUUAG